AUCAUCAGUGAAGAGCUGAGGCGUUGGAGGGAAAAGCACGAGCAGCAGCUUCUGAACAGCGAGUCUGUUUUUAGCGUCUCUAACGAGGCCGCUGAUUCUGGAGAGGACUCGUCAUUAACCUUGGUCCUCAGGACAAUCAUGAUGUCUCCAGACGAGGACCGCGUCCUCGAGGACCUGUUGUUCACCAGUGACCUUGGUGACGAGAGGACAGAGCCUAUGCCCCGCCCACUGAGGGAGGAGGAGGAAGAGGAGGGGGAGGAGCAGAGUGUCUCUGAAGAAAGUGCUCAAGCUCCACCUCCCAUUUCCGUCCAGGAGCCAAUCACAUGCUCCGGCUGCGGCACUCAGGUGUGCGAGCGUUACUUCCUGUUAGCGGUGGGUGGAGUUUGGCAUGACUGGUGUCUGCGCUGCAGUCAGUGUGAGUGUGAGCUGCGGACGCACGCCUCGCUUUACUGCAGAGACGGAAACAUCUACUGUCAACAGGAUUACAGCCGGAUCUUUGGGGGCGGUCAGUGCGCUCGCUGCUACCAGCCAAUCCCAGCGUCGGAUCUGGUCAUGAGGUCCGGACACAUGACCUUUCACCCUCAGUGCUUCUCCUGCCAGGAGUGCGACGUCAAACUCGUCCCUGGUAAUCUGUACUGCGUUCAGGGCCAGAGCCUCUACUGUCAGUCACACGGUUGCCGUGGUGAUGACGGCGUCCCGCUUUCCCAAAAUCCUCUGCUCAGACCUCAGAUGAAAGAAGACCAAAGCCAGGCGUCCGGCGAGGGGGAGGAGUCUGUCAGCAGUCCAGAGCCACGGCUGAAUGACAGGGCGACGGGUGGGCGGAGCCACAGACGCACCAAGCGCAUCAGAACAUGUUUCCGCAGCGAGCAGCUCCGAGCGCUCGAGUCGUAUUUCGCUCAGAAACAAAACCCGGACGGAAAAGACUGGACGUUCCUCGUCCACAGGACAGGUCUACCCAAGAGAGUCCUGCAGGUGUGGUUUCAAAAUGCCCGGGCCAAACUUCGACGCUCCCUCACAUCAGACGACGUUCAGGCUAACUCGCCCUCUGUUGCCCCAAGGGCGGGGGUCGCCAUGACGACCAGCACCCCGCCCCCUCCGCCCUGCUCCCCACCCUUCUCCACCAGCACCAUCGACCAGCUGCAGCUGUCGCUGCUCACGGCGCCGCUGGGCGACGUGGACCAGCCUCGGCAGCUGCACAGCCCCCCCGUCUUCUACCUGGAUUACGACUCCCAGAAUGCACUGGGGUGUGUCUCCUCACGUGUCUCCGGCUACGAUGAGGCAGACGCUGAUCCUGAUCCGAGUUUCACACCACGUUACUGCUGAACUAGGAACUACACACCAACCAGCACACGUGUGUGUGUGUGUGUGUGUGUGUGUGUGUGUGUGUGACACAACAGUCAGACAAGAAGUUAAAGUCACAAUACGUAAGAAUUUGUUUUGUUAGCAUCGUUGGUUUUAAAUAAAAAACAAACGUUGUCUUCA